CUUUGAGUACGCGGAAGCGUGAGAGGUCGGCGGCUCCUCGAGGCCCGUUUGGCGGGUUUUGGCCGAGUGGCGCGCGUAGUUUCGUCCGCCGGAUCGCCGACCGCUUGCUGAGGAGAAAUGAUGUGGAACAACGCGGGCUCUUUCGAUAGUGGUUAUGGAAAUUUUGGAGAUACUGGUUCAGGAGGUGGGGGCUACAUGCAGUCGCCUGGUGGAUUUGGUUCUCCAGUUGGAGGUAGUCAGAGUGACAGGAAAACAAGAUCCCGGACCCAGCAAAUCGUUCCUUGUACAGUGUCACAGCUGAUGUCUGCAACACAAACAGAGGAUAUUUUCAGAAUUGGAGAGGUGGAGUUGUCUCAGGUUACUGUGGUUGGCAUAAUCAAAGAUUCAGAAAAAGCCCCAACAAAUAUCUUAUACAAGUUGGAUGAUAUGACGGGACCUCCCAUGGAUGUGAGACAAUGGGUAGAUACAGAUGAAGCUGGAAGUGAGAAUAUCGUGGUUCCUCCAGGCACCUAUGUAAAAGUAGCUGGGCAUCUUCGAUCGUUUCAGAACAAGAAGAGCUUGGUAGCUUUUAAGAUAAUGCCUUUGGAAGACAUGAACGAACUAACAUCACAUAUGUUGGAGGUGGUGCAGGCCCAUCUAUUGCUGAACAAACCACAGUCUGUCCCUGGAGGAUCUUCUUUAGCUUUGCACAGUUCAGUGCGAAAUGAAGCAGGUCCAGUUGGAAUGUAUGCUGGAGCUAACGAUGCUCUGAUGAAUGGUCUAACAAGUCAACAAAGUCAGGUACUGAAUUUAAUACGAAAUUGUCGGGAACAAGAGGGCAUGAGCAUCGACUACAUGAAGAGAACACUGAAGAAUAUGAAUAUUGUUGCUAUCAAGCAAGCUGUGGAAUUUCUGAGCAAUGAAGGACACAUUUACUCGACAGUGGAUGAGGAUCACUUCAGAUCAACGGAUGCUGAAUAAAUGUGAAUUGAGCAUGCUUUUAGUAUUUGAGCUGUUCCAAAACCUGCAGAGGCUAUGUCUUGGAUAUUACACAAAGUGAGGGUAAAUUUAAAUAGAAUUUGGAAGAGGGAACAGUGAUACCUCUAGGCAUUUUGCUUGGUUUCUGUUGUGUAAUUUUAAUGCAACAGCUUGACCUUUCCAAACAUCUGUUCUAUAGUCCUGUAGCACAGCAUCUGACACGUCGUGUCUCUGAGGCCAUAACAGAGGAAAUUGUGUACUACUGCUACUGCUUGGAUUUAAAAUGGAGAAUUUAAGUGGUCUUAAUGCCAAGUCUUAUAAGCAUUUAUUUUUGUAUAAAUAUGAUCAGAAGAAACAAAAUGUAUUGAUAUAAUUUAACUAGUUAGUGUAGGAACUUUAAUUUUUUGCAAAUGCCAAAAAUUAUGAACGUCUGUUAAAAUUGCCAGUUUUAUGAGAUGUUUCACUUGCCCUUGUGCAUCCAGUUGAAUAAAGUGUCCUAAUAGUUUAUGUAGUGUAUAAGUUGUCUCAAACUUAGUUAAAAAACAGGUUUGUAGCUUCAUAACUUUUAUGACAAAAUCGUAUGUUAUUGAAUAUGGACCUGAAUUAUAUUUGUUUUUGCUGUUGCAACAUAAAAAUCAAAACCCAUAGAUUAGAAUUUAGUUUUUGUUCAUCCAUUAUUUUCCUAGAAUUUUUCUUUUCUUUUUUAACUGUAUAAAGUCAUUUAGAAUUAUAGAAUAGAUUUAAAAAUAUUGUCAGUGUAAGUGGUACAAA